UGUUUUACAUUUAGACAUAAAGAUGUAGGCUUCAGCUUCUCCUCCCCUCCUCCUCGGCUGUAAUAUACAGACAAAUGCUCAAAGCCUUGGGGCGGAAUAGUUAAGAAGGUAUGCAAAGUAAGUCUUUUAGGACUUUGAAUGGACCACAAGAAGAAAGAAUAAGGGGGAACGUGAGAGGGGGAAGGGAAGAGGACAAAGAUGGGGCUAGAUGAAGUGUAGGGAGAAAAUGGUCUGAGCUGCAGGUGUGGGAGCUAAAUUUCUGGCUUCAGUUCCCACACGGUAAGAUGCGUCUGAUUUAAAGCCAAAAGUUAACACAUUAUGACAGUUUCUAAUUAUGGGAGUUUUUUUUUUUAAGGCUGCUCCAGUGAAUCUGAUUUCUUUGCUUUUCCUCAUAACCUGCAAUUUCAGAGGAAAUAAAAAAAGGGGCAGUAUAAUCAGCUGAAGAGCACAAAUCCCAUGCGUCUCAGAUCCCUCAUCCCGCCCACCAAAUACAAGCCUUCCAUUCUUGUAUAUUUUCCCCUCAUUCACUCCAGCGAGACGCCUGUGAGGAGGACGCGCUUUCACUCUGUUUGGACAAGAACCCAACACUUGGGGGAAAAAAACGGACUCAUUUGAAAACAACUCAAUCUAUGAACAGGAUUUCCAUUUCCUUUUCUUCUUAAAUACUUUUCUAAAGAUCAGAGAGCUUGGCCGUGAAGUUGUGACAGCUUUAAAAAAAAAGAAAAGAGGGAGAGAAAGAGAUUUGCCCUGAGGGCUUUGAAAGAAGAAACAGGAGCCAGAUAAAAAAGGGCAGCGAUAAUCUGCACAGCUGCUGCGUGAAGGGAAGGAGCAACAGACAGAUAAAGAAAGAAAACGAGGUGAACAAGGACAAGAGGAGACAGACGAGGACAAUCGGAGGCUGAGGAGAAAGAGACCAUUCAAGUUGAAGGCCGCCGUAGAUAUAAAUACAAAGUGAAGACAAAAUCCAGAGGGACACCUGUCGUCAUAACAGCAGCAAUGGAGAAGCAGCACGGCGAGAGGAGAAGCCGGGUCUGAGCGGAGACCACCUCCGAACUGUGCUUGACUGAAGUAAGAGGAGAAGGUUUCUUCAACAUGAUUUAUUCAGGUGUUUUCCACAAAUCCAACGAGCUGCACGGGAGAAGCAACUUUGUCCCAGGAUAGAAGGAGAAGAGGAGCCUAAUCUGUCAUAACAUUCCUGUUCCUCUCCCUCCUCUCCACCUCAGACUCCUUCACCUUCCUGUCUUCACGUUAAGUUCACCAACUUCCUCCCUCUCCCCCUCUCCAUCCCCUCACUAUGUGGAUACCAGCUGUGCUCCUAUGGAUGCUUAACUUCAGCUAUUUGUGCUCAGGACAAGACUACAUGAACUAUUAUCAGAGUCCAGACAGGGGCACAGAGGCUCCAUCACAGACCGAUGACCAGUCCAAUUUGGAGAUAACAAACAUGGACCAGCUCCUGCAGUUCUUCUACCCUGAAUACAGCGUGAUCCAGCAGUGCAUGAGGAAAAGAUCAUGGCACGCCUCAUCCUCCUCUUUCCCUUCCACCUCUUUUUCAACCUCUUCGGUGAGCCCUUUAGCCCGCCCCGGCGACGACGACUUGUGGGUCCCAUUGCGGGCAGAGCCUCUUUACAAAGAUGAUGGAAAUAUAGCAGAAAUUCUGGAGGAGCUAAAGAGGAUACAAUGCCAGCCAAGGGAGGUGUGUGUUGAGGUGGCCAAAGAGUACCCAGAAUCCACGGGUCAGUUACAUGUCCCUCGCUGCGUGGCGCUGCAUCGCUGUGGCGGAUGCUGCGGGAACGAGGCUUUCUACUGCACCAAUACCAGCUACAGUCUGGUUAAUAAGACGCUGAUGGAGCUGUCUCCACCCAGGAUGGACCAAACGGUCGUCAUGGUUACGUUUGUCAACCACACCACGUGCACUUGCCUCUCCAAGCGGCCGCUCCACUCCAUCAUAAGACGAGCAGCUACAGAUUAUCUGUGUUCCCCUCCUGAACUCCCCUGUGCCUCAGGAUCAUUGUGGGAUCCCGUAAACUGUGGGUGCAUCUCUGCCGACACGAUGAGCUACACUCAGAAACAUACAGAAGCGCUGGACUCAGGUCUGCUGGCUCUCUGCGGGCCCAACAGGGUUCUGGAAGAAUCCACCUGUGACUGCGUCUGUCAAAACGGACUCACUGAAGCCAGCUGUGAUCCAGGCCGGAAACUGGAUCCAAACACCUGUGAAUGCCAGUGCGAAGGGCAAGGCGAUGGGAAGCUGUGUCCUGCAAGGCAGCGGUGGGACGACGAGCUGUGCGGUUGCGUGUGCGCCAUGGACUGUCCCGGGAAUCAACCUCUGAAUCCCGACACGUGCCUGUGUGAAUGCAGAGAGAGUCCAAAGACGUGUCUACGGCAGGGCAAGAGGUUCGACCCCAACACCUGCAGUUGCUACAGGCUUCCAUGCAGAAACCCCAGACGGGAAUGCAAGGUUGGAUUUUACUACAGCAGCCAGGUCUGUCAGUGCAUCCCCAAUUACAUGAAGUGGAAUUACCAAACGGGGAAAUGAGGAAAAGGAGGAGGAUUCUGGGAAUUACUGACCUUAGAUAGACUACUUCCCUGUCUGAAUGACUCCCUGCAGGAGAGCAUGAAGUGGAUCUACAAACAGAGACAUGCCGUCAGCAAUAGGAGCAGCGUGUGUGAGUCCUGCUGCCUGUGCUGAGUCACUUUUCCAAAGAACCAUUUCAAAUGGUGUUCUGAGACUUUCCCAGGAUAUAAAGCUGGCAAAAAGCCACUCAUCUUCGGUAAAACUCUUACAUAAGAGGAAAAUAAGAGGAAAGAAGGAUCUAUAUAUCUGAUCCUUAGUGAACAGUCCAUUUUGUGUGCCUUCUUUCUAUUUCAACGUCUGGGAAAACCCCAAGAAACUGACUGGUGGGAUAGAUUGAGCCGACCUGGGACGGGCAUUCAUCUUGCUGUAACGUGUUUCAGCAAGAAGAAUGCCAACCACCUACCUGCUGAGGAGCUGCAGCUCAUGCUUCUUUGAAAUGGAAUGUGAAUAAGAUAAUAACAGACCCAGCUCCAUGCUUUUCUUCCACAAUAAAUGCCAAAAAUAAAAUAAAAAAUUCAGGCAAGUUUCCAUAUUGGCUUGAAGGAAAAUCAGGUACAGUUCAUCUCCAAAGUGUGCACAGCCUCCAUUACAAUGACGGGUUUAUCUGAAGUAAAAAUAAAAUGAAACCACUAUAGAUAAAUCAAUGCAGAUAUUACUGCAAUUUGUGCAAACAGGCUGUUGGACAUUUUUAACCUUUAAUUGAUUUCAGUUGGAUUGUACAAGAUGUCUGCUUCAGUAAAGGAAGAAACAGUUCAGAUUUCAUUUUUUUUUUAAAUAAUAAAGUGGUCCUUUUACCAGGGACCUGUACACUUUUAGGAUUUUAUUUAUCACGUGUCAUUCCAUUCCUCCCAUUUUAGACAUAUUGUCCGUAUCCAUUUGCAACCCGGUACUCGGGUUCUAAUUUAUCUUUUCCCACUCUGAGUAAUUUUAUUUUUAUAUAUUUAAUGUUUUUUUGUAUUUAAAAAGAAAAAAAAAAGCAAAACAAAUUGAAAUUGUGAAGAUUUAAUUGUGAGUUUUGGUAUAUCAUUAUAAAGUGAAGCAGUUUUUUGUUUUUGUUUUUUACAUUAAGUUUGGAGUUUAAUCUGAAUCUGCACUGCUGCUUAAUCAUCUGACUUGCCUAAAUAGCGUUCAAUAUUUAAAUUCAUUAUAAUGCUUGAUGUUGGGGGGGGGGGACCGACUGAAGAGUAGCUGAGACUGUGGUUUUAUGGUUGUUAUUGCAUGAAAGUAAAGUAACUUCUAUCUCCCACCCCCAAAAACAAUAAAAGUAGGGGUGCACGAUUGCAGCUGAUCAUUGAUUCCCGAUCUUUAAAAAGCCUGACAUGCCGAUUUCAAUUUUGAUAGAUGCUGAUUUUUGUUUUUAUAACCGACAGUUGUUAUAAGAUCACAAAACCCCUUACAUAUUUCAAUCUUCUUGUAAUUAGUACCCUUGAAACAAUAAAAAUGUCUGAAAUUGCAGAUUUGAAAUAUAAACUGACGUUUACAGAAUUGAUUUUGAGACCUUUACAGAGGUAGAUAAGAAAUAUGGAAAACGUCAGUUUCACUUCCAAGUAUUGACCAAUCACUGAUCUCCUAAAGUUUAGGAAAACUUAAGAAAUUAAAAAAACCGAAAUGAGGGCUUUAUUUAUUCAUUAAAAUGAGGCCACUCCGAGUUGGAUGUAUGAAAGCAUUUGAACAAUUGAUCAAGAUGCAAUGUAAUAUGUACAUUUUUGUGUCCCCCUUUUUCAAUGUCGCCCUGGGUAACUGCCCAUUUCCAAUCAUGCCACUGGUUGUAGCGUUUGUGCUGCAGGGAUUUCAGUUUCUUUCAUUACUUAAUCAAAUAUUUAUUAAAAGGCUCUGUCUUACUGACUUGUAUGUCCUGAUUUUUUAAGCAUAUUUUUAAAAAUAAUUUAUUAUAGUAAUUUUUGUUUAAACUCUUACUAUCCUUUUUUUCCAGAUCAAAGUCCUUUCCUGUUGUAAUAU